CGUGUUCCUGCUGACGCUAAUUCCAAGUACUUUAAUUAAAAAAAUAAACAAUUAUCUUUAUAAAAUAAGUAAUUAAUAAAUAUAAAAUAUACUAGCCACGAUUUAAAUUAAAUAUACAAAUAUAUUAUUACUAUAAAUAUAUAUAUGAUAUUAAUUAAUGUGUCAUUGGACGGGUUUAUUUUUUUGACUAUUUUGAGCCUCCUACGUCAAAACGAAAAUUAAAAUGCCUCUCGGAAAUCAUGUGACCAUGAUACCUUUGGACGAAAUGUCUGGCCGAGGACAAGCAGGCGGUGGUACUGGGGGUGGAGGUGGAAAUAGUCCGCCGCAAAAUUGUAUGAAAGUAUUUAUUCAACGGGAUUAUAGUCAAGGGACGAUGGUUAAAUUUCAAACUAGAUUUCCGCCUGAAUUAUCUGAUAGACUGGACAUUGAGUCAUUUGAGUAUACAAUAAACCAAUUAAACAAUUACUUCGCGGAAGCUGAACGUGCAAGCUGCUCCACAUACUGCGAAGGUUGUCUUGCCUGUUUAACUGGUUAUUUAAUUUACAUAUGUACGGAAACACAUUACGAAAAAUGCCUGCGUAAAGUAUCAAAAUUUAUUAGCGAACAAAAUGAUCGAGUUUACAGGCCACGUGGUCUCUUGUUGACAGAUCCAACGACACGUGGUCUGAGACUUAUAGAAAUUUCAGUUCUUGAUCGUCCACCUUCGUGACUGCACGUUAGCCGAUCCACUGAAUUUUUUAUGUGAACUUUUAAUAAAUUCAUACAUUCAUUUUUUUUACUCAUUAUCUUAAUUAACUAAUUACUAUUAUUAUUUUUUAUUACGCAUUUACUUUAGUGCAAUUUCUUCCUAAAAUCUUCCAAACAAAAAACGCUGGGUUGUAAGUUAAAUAAUUAUGGUAAAAAAAAAAAAAUGGGCUACUAAUAAAUAUGUGGAUUGGCUAAUUGUUUUAUAUAUUUUAUUAUUUAAUUAGUUUAUAUAUUUAUUUAUAAUUAAUAAAUAAAAAAAAACCGUUUGUUGAUUAUGAGAUUUGUCCCAGUUAGUGAUCGUUAAGAUCUUCGGGUUUUUAAGGCUCAGGACUAUGAAUUAGAGAUAAGUUGUAAGGACCAUUUUUGUAGGAAAUUUAAUUCUCUACAAAAAAGGUUUCUUUGAAUUUUUAUGUAAAUAUGAUUGUUUAAAAGUUAUUUCAAUUUUCCGUAAAGUCUUUUUUUUUUUUUUUUUGACUAGAAAUUUUAUUGGAAACUUUAAAUUUAAAUUGCGGGCGAAAAAAUGGAGAUAUGAUAAAAAUGAUAAGAAAUUAAUUUGUAGAGAAUCGAAUUUCCUACAAAAAAGGUCUCUUAAGAUUUUUUGAUAAAUUUGAUUGUUUAUGAGUAAAUGCAUUUUUUAGUUUGGCUGAGUAAAAAAAAAUUUUUUUCUGUAGUAAAUUUUUUAAUUUUUUUUUUUUUACACAAAAAAAAAUGAUAAUUAAAAAAAAAUAAUUGAUGUAAUCAAUAACUGGGACCUUGCAAUAAGUCUGAAUAAUAUUUCAUUUAAAAUAAAAAAAUAAAUUAUCAUUUUAAUGAGAAUAAUUAAUUUAAAAAAUGUAAAUAGUGCACACGAAAUAAUUAAAAUUUAAUUAGUAGAAACACAAAACCAUGAAUUUAAAUCUAUAUUAUUAUUAUUAAUUAAUUUACUUAUUAAAGAUGUAUAAUUAUGACAAAUUUAAUAAUUAUGACGAUCAAAAAAAAUGUAAAUGAUUUAAAUAAAAACGACAA